UAGUGUAGGUACUAGUACUACUAUUUUAUUCCUUUCUCAAUAGAAUAGUUAUAGUACACUAAAUUGUAUAGUGAGUUUGUUCUCUGUUGCUGUUCGUGUGGUGAUUGUACUCUGUACCACGAUUAGAUUGGUUGACAGUCACCAGUACCAGUGUAUAUGUACUAAUCAUAUACCAAACAUAAUAUGUUAUUAUUUCAUUGUGAUAUAGUAAAAUAAACCAUACUUAGAAUUUACUGUCAGUACAAUAAUAAACUUUAACAAUUUAUAUGAUAUAAAUCGCAGACAUGAGAUAAAAAGUUAAAACAAUUUUAAACACAAAACAAUUAAAUGAAUGAAAUUUUUAUAAAUAACUAGAUUAUUAAAUAUUGUAAAUUUUAGUUUAACAAAUUUGUGGUUAGGUAUACACUUAAAAAAUGGCACCAAAUAUUAGUAAAUUAAUAAAUCGUAAUCAUGUGUUAAGUGCGGCAGGAUUUUCCGUAGUUAUUUGGGCAUUAAUACAAAGAAAUCGAAGUAAAAGAACUAAGAAAUUUGCACCUGAGGAUGAAAUACAAUAUAUGAUCACAGACAAAAAUGAAAAAAAAAUUAAAGCGCAUGUAAAUAAACAAUUUUUAAGAAAUUUAAGAAGAAUAUUAUCUGUUGCAAUACCAGGAUGGGCAUCCAAAGAAUCUGGUUUAUUAGUAUUGGUCGCAGCAAGUUUAGUUGCUCGAUCAUUAUGCGAUUUAUGGAUGAUUCAAAAUGGAACAAAAAUUGAAAGUGCAAUUGUAGCAAUGAAUUCCGAAUUAUUUAAACGACGAUUAUUUAAGUUUUUCGCCGCAAUGCCAUUAGUAUCUAUUGUAAAUAAUAUAUUAAAAUGGUCGAUUGGUGAAUUAAAAUUACGUUUACGUACAAAUUUAACACAUAGUUUAUAUAAUGAUUAUUUAAAAUCGUAUACGUAUUAUCGUAUGUCGAAUAUUGAUAAUCGUAUUGCCAAUGCGGAUCAAUUAUUAACAACAGAUGUUGAUAAAUUCUGUGAAAGUAUCACUGAUCUAUAUUCAAAUAUUGCCAAACCAAUAUUAGAUAUAUCAAUAUAUGUUUAUCGUUUAACGGCAACAAUUGGUGGACGAACACCAGCCAUGAUGUUAGGUUAUUUAUUCAUUUCUGGUGUUAUUCUAACACAUUUACGACGACCAACUGGCGGCUUUACAGUCACCGAACAAAAAUUAGAAGGACAAUUCAGACAUAUUAAUUCACGUUUAAUAACCAAUUCUGAAGAAGUUGCUUUCUAUCAAGGAAAUAAACGAGAACAUCUCACAUUGAUGGCUAGUUUUAAUAAAUUAGUUAAUCAUUUACGGCGUUUCCUUGAAUUUAAAGUGUGCAUGGGUGUUGUGGAUAACAUUGUAGCUAAAUAUAUUGCAACUGUUGUCGGUUUUUAUGCGGUAUCAAUACCAUUUUUAACCAAAGGUCAUCCAAUAACGGGCAUGGAUAACAAUGAAAGAUUCCGUUUAUAUUAUACUUAUGGUCGUAUGUUAGUUAAAUUGGCCGAAGCUAUUGGUCGUUUGGUAUUAGCCGGCCGUGAAUUGACUCGAUUAGCUGGUUUUACAGCUCGUGUUACCGAACUACGUGAAGUAUUAAACGACUUAAACCAAGGAAAAUAUCAACGUACAAUGUUAGCGGCAAACACCAAUGAAAUCGCACUAAAACCAAAUUCUGGUAAAACAGUUAUCGCAGAUAAUGUGAUACGUUUUGAUAAAGUUCCAUUAGUCACACCAAAUGGAGACAUUUUAGUUAAGGAAUUAACAUUUGAAGUACGAUCCGGACAAAAUGUUUUGGUUUGUGGUCCAAAUGGUUGUGGUAAAUCAAGUUUGUUCCGUAUCUUGGGUGAAUUAUGGCCUUUAUUCGGUGGUACAUUAACAAAACCACCUCGUGGUAAAUUGUUUUAUAUACCACAAAGACCAUACAUGACUUUGGGUACAUUACGUGACCAACUUAUUUAUCCACAUACGCAUUCAGAUAUGAAGAAACAAGGUUUAACUGAUGAUAAGUUAAUAGAAUAUUUAGGACGUGUACAAUUAGCAUACUUAGUUGAUAGAGAAGGUGGGUUGAAUGCGGUUGCUGAUUGGUUGGAUGUAUUGUCUGGUGGUGAAAAACAAAGAGUUGCGAUGGCAAGAUUGUUUUAUCAUUCUCCACAAUUUGCGAUAUUAGAUGAAUGUACCAGUGCCGUAUCUGUAGAUGUUGAGGGUAGCAUGUACCAAUAUUGUCGAGAGGUCGGCAUAACAUUAUUUACUGUGUCACAUAGACGAUCACUUUGGAUACAUCACGAAUAUUUCUUACAAUUUGAUGGACAUGGUGGUUUUAAAUUUGAACGUAUAGAUGCAAACACUGAACAGUUUGGAUCAUAAUGCUUAGUCAAAUUUAAUUUAUAAUUAUUAUUUUUAAUUGCUUUUAGUAAAUUAUUUUAUGUUCCAAAAACAUAAAACAACAGUAAUUAUCAAAUUAAGGUGAACAAAAUGUCAGUAAAACUGAUUGGAAAACAAAAUGGAUUAGGGAGAGUUUGAUCAGAUUUAGUAGUACUGGUGCGAAUAGUUAACUUUAUGGAAUUUACUCAUAUUUUUCCUAUGCAUUUUAACCUUCUGAAGAUGAACUUUUUGGGUAGAAGAUUUGAAUAACUUUUUAUUGAGAAAAAUACUUGAAAAUUGCUGAAGAAAUUCAAUUCAAGAUAUACAAGUUAUACCAUUUGAGCCAACCAAAAAGCAUUUGGUCACUUCAAAAAAUUUUUAUCUCAAAAAUUUAAAACAAAAACCCACAGAAGUGUUCAUCUUAAUUAGAAUAAAAACCACAAGAGUAUUUUUUUGUUUAUUUUUUGGCACACACAGCAUAUUUUUUAUGUGAUUCAGACAUUAAAAAUCCUACGAUUUUCUCUUACAUGCAUCCUCUUCUUUGAGCAUUCAGUAACAGUUUCAACUAGUAUGCCUAUUGAUUCGGGGUGAAUGAAACUUUCAAAUCAUAUAACGCUUACUUAUCCUUGAUAGACCAUAAGAAGGAAGAAAAUAAUUUUUCAAGAAGAUAGUGGUACACAUGCCCACAAAUAAGCUUAUAUAGAAUAUCUUUAGUUAGAUUACAGAAUUCAGCCUGGAAUUCAAAAUUCGGAAUCAGCGACUCCAAAAGUUACAUCAAGUUACCGAAGGGACUUCAAAAUAUAUGCGGGAGAAUUAUUAACAAUUAAGAAGCUAUUCGCGCUAGUACUAUGUUACUUUUUGGUCAGAUUUUUUAGUUACUGUUGGAUUUCUCAUAAACUGAACAUUCCCAAUUAUUCAGAUUAUGUGAAACAAAUUAUUAUUAUUAUUUGAAAUGUUUGUGAUUAUGUGUUUGUUUUUAAUUUUUUAUUUUUGUGAUACAUCAAAGAAAAUAUUUUUGUGAUUGUUUUUGUGACGGAGUAAUAGGAAACUUGAAAUAAAAUUAUGUUUACAAA